AUGGAGAAAAUGGUCAAGGAAGUAUCUGUCGACACUGCCACCUCUGCCGACGACCAUGGCGUUGGCACCAGCACGACCAUAUACAUUGAUCCGGCAAGAGAAGCAGCUGUACGGAGAAAGUUCGACAUAUAUGUGGUUCCGGUUUCUGUCAUCUAUCUGGUUCUGUCAACGCUUGACCGCAACAAUUUGGGAAACGCCCGCGUAUUUGGAUUCGACGAGGACGUAGGGUUGAAAGGAGGCCAGUUCGGCAAUAUCCAGACGCUCUCCAGUGUCUGCACCGUUCUUUUUGAGGUUCCAUGGGUCCUUGCCACACGCCGAUGGGGAGCAAAAAAAGCAAUCGGUACUGCAUUCAUCCUGUGGAGUAUCUGUACACUUGGAACCGCGUUUGUUCAAACCUACGGCCAAACAAUCGCCUGCCGAAUGUUGCUCAACGCUGCUGAAGCUGGUCUGGCUCAAGCAUUCGCAUUCUUGUUCUCUACGAUCUACCCUCGUGAACUGGCAGGUAAGCGGAUCAUGACCACAAAUCUCGCCCAGUGCAUUUCGGGAGCCUUUGGAGGCCUCUUCGCCUAUGCUGUUCAGACCAUGGGUUCGCGCCAUGGGUUUGCCGCAUGGAGAUGGCUCUUCAUUAUCGAAUUUGGUAUCACUGUGGUAAUCUGUGGUGUCGGUCUAUUCUUUCUGCCGGGCGAAGUAGAAAAGGCAUGGUUCCUCGACGAGGAGGAGAAGGAGACCAUGAGGCUCAAGAAGCAGCGCGAUUAUAUGAUUCGAGGCGAAGAGAAGUUCGAGCGCAAGUGGAUCAAAGUAGCCUUGACCGACCCAUUUGUAUGGCUUCUCGGUCUUGCCUUUUUCACCUCUUCAGUUGCAAUCAACGGAUUUGGAGUCUUUUUGCCCACCAUUAUCUCUGGGCUUGGAUUUGCCUCCCUGAAGGUUAACUACAUGACCAUUCCAGUCUAUGUACUCGGCGCCAUUUCUUUGUCAAUUCAGGUCUGGUACUCAGACAAGAUUAAGAAGAGAGCGGUGUUCAUUGUUGGAUGUUGUAUUCCGGUUGCUGUUGGAUAUCUGAUGUGUGUAUGGUCUAAGAAUCCUGACGUCGGUUAUGCUGGCAUGUUUGUGUUGGUCAUAGGGCUGUAUCCUAUAUCAACCUUGGCUGUGACGUGGAUUACGACCAAUUUGGCCCCUGAUACCAAACGAGCAAUCGGCCAGCCCUUUGCCUACAGUUUGGCUAAUGUGUCCAACCUCAUUUCUGGACAGUUAUACCCUACUCAACAAGGGCCGCGAUACAUCCCGGGCAAUGCUAUUUCGGCCGGUCUCACUAUCGUUGCAGGGUUUCUCUAUGCAUCAUGUUGGUUUUUGCUUCGGCGACGAAAUGCACAAAAAGCAAAACUUAUUGCUGAAGGAGCAACCACAAAUGAUGUGAUAGUUGUCGACGGGCUAAGGAGAAGUGCAUUGGAAUCCCAUGCAAACGUUGCGUUCGCCUCCAGCGUCGAUGCGAAUUCACGAACGUGGGGAGUACAAGAGGGCCAAUCUCAAGGACCCGUCGUUCCAGGUAAGUCAUUCGAUCUGGCGCUUCAACGUCGCGUCCAAGGCUCAUGCAUAUCUACAAGCCGCUCCGUCGAGGACGACGUCGCAGAGCAGUUUCGCAAACGUGCAACUUACCUGGAGUGUAUCCUAAAGCACUAUGCACCCGAGCUCGACUUCGGAACAGAGAGCCUUCGCCAAAAAGCGCAUAGUCUUGUGUCGGAGGAGGCUGAUCCUACUCAAGCAGCUGAGGGUAGCCCCUCGAGUGCUUCUAACGGAGACAUCACCAUACAAGAUGAGAGCUGUACCAUCAACGCAGUCAAUGAAAACAUCGCACACUACUCUGGUGAAUUCUCGUACUGGAACUUUUCCAUGCGCCUCAACAACCAAGUUAAAGAUCUGAUGGUAAGCCACCACAAAACGAUCUCUGCUAAAUUACAAGAUAUACCACACUACUGGCGCGUGGAACAACUUGGUUCAGGCUCCCCUGCGGUAUCAGAAGCCAGUUCAAAUCUUCCCCCACUGCAAAUUGCUCAAUUUCUUGUCCAUAUUUUUCUCAAGCAUGCCAUGAGUAAUUACUACUAUUUUGACUCGCAGUGGUUGUCCGAGAAGCUAAGUCUUACUUAUGGUCAAUCUCAAGAACUCGCCUCAAAAGACGCAGGCGUAUUGGCAAUCAUCCUGGGUGUUUUAGCUGUCGGCACCCAAUACGCGCAUCUAGACUCUCCAAGAGGUGCUAGCGGGAAAAUCAGCUCACAGAGACACAGCGACGACGAGCUUGGUGCUGCAUUCUACCAACAGGCCGUCCGGAUGUUGCCUGAGGUAAUUCACCUGGGCUCAGUUGAAAGUGUUCAGGGAUGCCUCCUGUUUGGGUUGUAUGCACUGCCCAUAGAUGCAUCUGGCAUUGGUUAUAUAUAUUUGAACUUGGCGAUAAAGUUUGCCAUGCAAAAUGGGAUGCACCGUCGAGCACCAGAGCACAUUUUCAGCCGGGAGAUUCUCGAUAGGCGGAACAAACUAUGGUGGACAGUAUAUUGUCUCGAAAAGAAAAUCAGUAUUUAUCAUGGAAGACCUAUCUCCAUUCGCCCCUCUGACAUAGAUGCGGAUUUGCCAUGUGCAGAUACCGAAGCGGAAGCAAUUUCAGAAACCAUGUCAGAAGCCUCGAGCCUUCUCAUCAUGAUUAAGUUGAUGGAUUAUCUGGGAAAAUUCGCUGAUGAUAUCUCGAUGCUCCGUACAAGCCCCAGAUCACAAACCCCUGGUAUUCUUUCACGACUUAUAUCAAAACGAGACAAGCUCAAGUUAUGGUGGGACACAUUGUCGCUGAGAAAGCGCCCUCUGUCGCGCCCAAACAUACAUCUACAACUCGAAAUCUGCCUUUUACGGAUGUUUAUUGGUCGACCUUUCCUCGCUGGCCGCGACGUCCCGGGCCUGACGCCAAACUUUGGCUCUGAAGAACCUAGGGUUCCAAGAAAAUCUCCCAAUACGACAGACAACCGUUGGGAGCAACAAUCUCGUCGCAAAUCACGCACUUCGACACUGGUGGACGACUGUGUCGCAGCUGCGACCGAGGCCAUUGAUCUCUGUCAAAAUCUGCGGGAUAAUGGCGGUGGUUUGGCAACGAUGUCCUACACUGAAUAUAGCUCCUGCAGAGCGUCUCUCCUUGUUCUCAUUGCUUUUUGCAUUAGGACUCAGACUAUUCAAUACUAUAACCACCAGCAAAGAGGCCUCGAAAUGAUAAGAGACAUGGCAGCCGCAGGAGAAUCCGCAAGGCACGAAGUCCUGUUGAUUGAGGCUCUCGGUCGGGCGGUGAAGCGUCUUCAUCAGUUACAUCUUAAGAUGCAAUCGCACAAUACAUCUCAUCAGCGACCCGAGGUUGAUUAUGAUCGAUUCAAGCAGUGGGGAGCUGCAUGGAAAGCGGGCAGAUCUACUGAGGAGCUGGAAAGGCGUCAGGGACAAGUUGGCCUUAGCAACAACCAAUCGCAGAGUACUGAUCGCAUGGACCGAGAGGACCGUGACUCCAGAGAUGCUACAUACGAUGCCGACAGCGCCACUAACAAUCUGAGACAUGGACCAGCUCACGUUCCAAGCAAUGUCUCAGACUUCUUCGCUCCGGAUGAGCUACCAGCCGUUAUGGAUCAUGGAUUUUUCAACUGGGAUAGUGCAUUCCCUGGGCCGAACAGUUUCUAUGAACAAUCUGAAAGGCAGUUGCUCGAGAACUUUCUUUCGAUUCCUGAAGAUGAGUUUCAAUUCUCUACAGUCUUCGAUUCCGGACAGCACAUGGCCGCCUUUUCCACCAUAAACCCAGGCCAAAAUCAAGAAUUUCACUAG